UAGGCGCCCAUGAAACCAAGCGACAUGGAUGACCCAGCUCCCACUCCCCCGCGAAUCUCACCAUCAACAUCACCAGACGAUCGCACCCACCCCCCCACCAUGCCACCACCGCCACAGCAACCCUCCCAGAUCCUGCUACAUCUCAACCCACCCCGCCAACCGGCCAGCUCCCCCAAUAUCCGACUCGAGGUCGCAUCGGACCCCAAAAACCUCGCCUCGCUGAAACACCUCAACAGCCUGCUCCUCCCCGUCAACUACCGCGAGAACUUCUACAAAGACAUCCUCACGAACCCGACGGACGCGGCGCUCUCGCGCGUCGCGUUCUGGGACAGUGGCAUAAGCAUUGUCGGGGGCAUCCGCGCGCGCUGGGAUGCUCCCGAGACCCCGCCGGAGGAUGCCGCAAAGCGCGGCGGGACGAUAUACCUCAUGACGAUAUGCGUGCUCUCGCCGUUCAGACGGCUAGGCGUUGCGUUGGCGCUGCUCGAGGAUCUGCUUCAAACGGCCGAGGCGUGGGGCGUCGACGAGGUGUUUGCUCAUGUCUGGCAGGAGAACGAGGACGCGCUCGAGUGGUACCGUAAGAGGGGGUUUACGGUGGACGAGGGCAUAGUCGAGGGGUACUACAGGAAGCUCAGGCCGGAUGGUGCGAGAGUUGUCAGGCUGCGCAUCUGCACUACUACUACUACUACUGUGGCAUGAUUGGGAGUCUGGACGUAUCUGGAGGUGUGGAAAAGUUUGGCGACAAGAAACUUGCGGUGGCGAUAUGCAUGGACUCCGAAACCAUUUCUUAAGCUCUUUGGCCGACAAUCACGCUAUAGGGAACUUUAUCCCAACCUCCAUAUGUGUCUACGUGCUGAAUUUAAAGUAGUGACUGUCCCAGCCAAUCCCACAAUUGAAGUCUAAAAUGCUGGAUCUCCAUCGUUUAAGCUUUAUUCUUAUGGUUUCAGUUCGAUGGCGAAUUUUUAUAUAUUGUAGAAGUCACACCAGUGGAGACCCAACGCCGG